AUGGAAGACCUUGAACCACCGGUUGGCACCGUCGCCAUCGUCGCAUCGCUUAAAUUGCUCGUCGCAGGAGUCAGGACCGAGGCUUGUAAGCUCAACCGACUCAAACCUGGAGACUACGUAUCGCUAUGGGAACUACAGAGAGAUGUAGAUAAUAUCUACGCACUUCUCGAUGCAAAUCUGAAGGAACUGGAAGCGGCUGUGGACCACGUCGUUACUGCUAAUGAACUCUUGAGCUUGGACUCUACAGAGAAGCCUGGUUCGACAAUCGACGUGUCGGAGGCGGCAGAGGGAGUGUUGAACAAUCCGACUCAGCAGACUUCAAAUCAAGCUACCACUUCUGAGAAGGAGGGACAGUCAGAUCCGAGCCAACUGGAUGUCAGCUCUGAGCCUCAUCCGCCCGGUAUCAUCUCUGUAAACACCGCAAGUCCACCCGCAUCACCAGAACGCAGACCGCAAAACUAUGCCAAAAAAGCAAACUCAAUCGCAGCCAAGGCAGCGGCGCACAAGCGACGAGUUGAAACUCGCACCAGCGCCAGACUCAACAAGAUGGCUCAGCCAGAACCGAGACUCAGCCGCUACGAGAAACAUAUCGAUGACCGCGAUGAUAUACCAACCUUGGAGCUGAAGCAGUUAGGAGAGAAUCUCGCCGCCACAAUAGAUACUCUCGCUUCUGACGCUGAUAAUAUCCAGAAGGCUCAGGUGUCAGGUUUGGCAGAAGCGAUGAAGCACCGUCGAUCAAACACUUGGAACCUCGAACCGAAAGAUGGCGGAGAUUCCGAAGAUCUCAUCAGGAUUACGAUAACCAACAAAGAGCAAUCUUUCCAUCGGCCUGGUUUCGAGGGCUUGAAGAACCGCAUGACAACAAGAGUAGCAGGUCGUAAAUUAGCAUGCUUCGUCAACGACCCCGAACGCUCCAUUCCUCACUACGCUGGUGUCAUGAAAUCUCCCCUGUGGGAUCUCUGCUCUCUACAUGCAGGUAGACUCGCUGAGAUUGAUGAGCUCAGAAGCGUCAAUAAGCCUUAUGCGCACUGCAGGGAGGCGUAUUCGGGGACUGCGAUGCAUAAAGAGGAUGCCGGUUUUGGAUCAGUGAGCGUGGGAUUUGCUGGGACAACGGCCUUUCUGCUCGUCGAUAUGAGAGACACAAAUAUGUUUGAAGAUUGGGUUCGAGAUACAGCGCUAGUGAAGUUCAAGGGGCGAGGUCGACGAGGCGACCGUUCUGCUAGCAACACUUGGACUCUUCUCCAAUCAAAGAGUCGGAUCUCAGACUGGGCAAAGCUGGGAGAAGAGAAGAUUUUAUGA